UGAACGAGGGUGACUAACACAAUUUAUCACAGCUCACUUAUCACAUUCAUUCACAUCACCAACACAAUGCACAUCACUAAUUUUGUUUUUUAUAGUAUUUUUACAAUGUUUUGUUGAAGAUUACGAGAACAAAAUGAUUAUGAAUCAUAAAAGUACGAUUUUAGUGUAAUUUUCAUUUGUGUCGUUAAUUUUUUUCAAUAUUGUUUAAUUAUGGAUUCCUCAAGAAGGAAUAAUUCCGAGGAGCAACGGUGCGUUUUGAGUUUGCAAGAUUUGAAAAUAUCCAACAAAGAAGAUAAUGAUACUGAGCAAGCGCACUCGGCUUCGACUUCCAACAUUAACGUUCAAACGAAGCCCAGACCCGUCGGCGCAAUAGAGAGCUUCACUUUAGAGAAUGCUCCCGUCAAUCGGCAAGAUUACAGUUUUUACGAGCGCUCCAAUGUUAUAGCGUCCUCAAAGUUUGCGACUCCCAAGCGAGUGGAGACCAUAGCGUCAAUCAAUAAACGCGAUAUUAAUACUGCAGCGCUUCCGGCCAGCCCCACGCGAUCUAUAGACUCCAUUUCGCAGAGGUCGCUCAGUUAUCAAACGGAGGAUUUGUACGAAAUACCAGGUAAUACGAACAGUCAGUAUCCGCCGCCAGUUUACGAGAACAUCGAGUAUUACGGCGAGCAGCAGCUCCCGCAGCCGCCCUACUACCACCAGCUGUACCAGAGCUCGCCGCUCGUCGCCGACGGCUACUACAACACCCGGUACAGCAAGGCGCAACCGCAAGUUCCUGUCAACAACAAAACCAAGUUAAAUCCCUUGCUCUAUGAGAAUAUGCUUUGUCCUGAAAAUGAUAAAAAGAUUGAGUAUAAAGUGCAAGCCAAUCCAGACCAGCAAUAUAUGCAACAGAGCUCUGUUCCUGGGCCCCAGGUUCCCAACACCACUAUAAAUAGGAACAGCUCACAGAAACUGUUGAAUGACAAGAGCAAAGUAGAAAAGCCCCCACCGCCACCUUACAUCUCAACAGAUAACUCCAGCAGUGAUUAUACUGUUAUGAAGUCUGCGCCACCAAAAUACACUGAUGUCAGUGCCCUUUUAAAAAGUAACAACUCUGUAAGUUUUGAUGACAAAGUUGUGACCAUUCCGUCAACUGCUAUUUACGCAUCGAUCGCGCCGAGUGCUCAAAGACCUAAGGCGAAUAUUGCUACAGAGGUUCAAGGUGCUGUGAUUGCUCCAAAAUACUUUCACCCAAAACCAACAGUAGGAAAUGGUUUGGGGAAAGCAAAGCCUGCUGUUAACGGUAGUUACAUUUCCAACCCUAAACCUAUACCUAAUAGAAUGCAAAUAAUUGAGGAUACAAAUGGGUCAGACUAUGUUUGUAUGACUGGAGGAUCCCCCGCUGCUGCUGUGGCUGCAGCAAACAAAGACAACAUCUCUCUAGCAUCAGAAUCAAUAAGUUCACGCAAUAUGGCCUCUGGGUUAACUUCUAUGUGUUCACCUGUGCAGUCGCCUGCACCCAGUCCUACUCCUAGUUCAGUUUCUCAACUCUCAGGAGGGUCUAGAGGUUCUGGAGGUCGUGGGAAGAGCCUUCUUCCAUAUAGUAUCACACCACCUCGACCACCAGGGCCAAGUGAAGCCCAACGUAAAAUUGAAGAACUGACACGACAGCUUGAGGAAGAAAUGGAGAGACAAGACGAGGAAGGAGAAUACUUUGGUAUAUGUCAUACUUGUGGUGCUGGUGUGACUGGUGCAGGGCAAGCUUGCCAGGCCAUGGGGAAUCUGUACCAUACCAACUGUUUCAUAUGCUGCUCCUGUGGCAGAGCCUUACGAGGCAAGGCAUUCUACAAUGUUCAUGGGAAAGUAUAUUGUGAAGAAGAUUAUUUGUAUUCUGGAUUUCAACAAACUGCAGAGAAAUGUGCAAUAUGUGGCCAUCUUAUAAUGGAAAUGAUAUUACAAGCUAUGGGGAAGUCGUACCACCCUGGUUGUUUCCGCUGCUGCAUCUGCAACGAGUGCUUGGACGGAGUGCCCUUCACUGUGGACGUUGACAACAAGAUCUAUUGUGUCAAUGAUUACCAUCGCAUGUUUGCUCCCAAAUGUGCUAGUUGUGGCAAAGGCAUCACACCAGUAGAGGGGACGGACGAGACAGUGCGCGUGGUGUCCAUGGACCGCGACUUCCACGUGGACUGCUACAUGUGCUGCGUGUGCGGCAUGCAGCUCACCGACGAGCCCGACAAACGCUGCUAUCCACUAGCUGGCAAGUUGAUGUGUCGAGCGUGUCACCUGUCCACGAUAGGCGCCUCCACGGGCCCCGGCAUGCCGCCGGCGCCGCACCUGUCGCCCGCCUCCUACCAGUACAUGGGUUGAGCCAUACCCAAUGUGUUUCAACGUACCGUUUACGACUGCUUUUGCAUUCAAUCUCUAAAUGUUGAUCAUUUUUACCUGGCACUUCUACAUAUACUAUAUUUUACAUAUUUACUGCAAGCACUAGUCGCAAAUAACGUGGUGUCGUCUGCGCAUCGUUUCGAUUCUACGAUUCGCAAACCAUUCUUCGAGAGUUAUGUGCAUGACCAGUUCGGUAUACGCAUUGAACAAGAGCGGUGAUAUUAUGUAUUCUUGGUGAACACCUGCGUUGGGAUGAAAAUUUUUCAGCAUGGUGUCAUCUA